CCCAUGUGUUCAGUCCCAGCAGCCGUGGUUUCUCUGCUGGUCCAAACGGGGAACCAGUCCCUGAGGCUGAGCUGGGCUCGAGGGGCUGGAGAUGUGAGCGGCUACCUAGCGUCUCUGAUUGGCUCCCACGGAGCCCGGUGGGCGGAGCCUCUGAGCCCAAAUGCCACAGAGUUCCUCUUCUCGGGCCUCAGGCCGGGUCGCCUGUAUCGGGUGGAGCUGCUGAGCCUGAGCGGAGGGUGGAGCAACACAGCCUUCAGCCAGGGGAGGACGGCUCCCAGCCCCCCCACCUCCUUCCUGUUCGGGGGGGUCACCAACACCUCUCUGGAGGUCACCUGGAACGCCCCCCCUGACUGCGACUACGACAGCUUCGAGCUGCAGUGGCUGCCUCGGGACCGGCUGUCCGUCACAGACCCGUAUAGAAGCCCCGCCUCCAGGAGCCGCAUCCUGCAGGGCCUGUUUCCAGGGCGACGCUACACCUUCAGCCUGAGCACCGUCAGCGGGGGGGCCGGGGGGGCCGGAGGGGCCACGUACAGUCCCCCCAUCCACAAUAGCAUCCGGACCA